GGCGGCGGCGGAGGCGGGAGACGGCCCGGACCGCCCCGGGAAGAUUUGUGAUAAGCACAGCCUGCGCUUCGUCAGGACCCUGUUUGGAGUCUCCAUGUUGUCCUAUCUGGAUGAAACUGAUCUGAGAAGAAGGUGGGGACAUUCUGUUUGGGCUAAGCACUUCCAGUAAACUCUUGGCUGAAAAAUUCAGGUGUGUAUCCAUCGGGAAGCAAGAGAGGUAAAGGCUAAAUGGAUCUAAAGACAGCAGUCUUCAACGCUGCUCGUGAUGGCAAGCUGCGGCUCCUUUCCAAGCUACUGGCAAGCAAAACAAGGGAAGAGGUGGCCCAACUGAUGUCAGAAAAAACCAAUGGUGCCACGCCACUUCUCAUGGCAGCCCGCUAUGGUCACCUCGACAUGGUGGAAUACUUGUUGGACCAUUGCUCUGCCUCGAUAGAGGUUGGUGGCUCGGUGAAUUUUGAUGGUGAGACCAUCGAGGGAGCUCCGCCGCUGUGGGCAGCAUCGGCCGCCGGCCACUUGAAGGUUGUCCAGUGUCUGUUGGAUCAUGGUGCGUCUGUCAACAACACAACGCUGACAAAUUCAACGCCUCUUAGAGCUGCCUGUUUUGAUGGUCACCUGGAAAUAGUCAAGUACCUUGUGGAGCACAAAGCAGACCUGGAAGUAUCAAACCGUCACGGGCAUACGUGCUUGAUGAUCUCAUGUUACAAAGGCCACAAAGAAAUAGCUCAGUAUUUACUUGAAAAAGGAGCGGAUGUGAACAGAAAAAGUGUUAAAGGAAAUACAGCACUACAUGACUGUGCAGAAUCUGGAAGUUUGGAGAUCAUGAAGAUGCUUCUCAAAUAUUGUGCUAAAAUGGAAAAGGAUGGUUAUGGAAUGACUCCCCUUCUGUCUGCCAGUGUGACAGGCCACACAAAUAUAGUGGACUUUCUGACCCAGCAUGUACAGACCAGUAAGGCUGAGCGCAUAAAUGCCCUGGAACUUCUAGGAGCAACAUUUGUGGACAAAAAGAGAGAUCUGCUUGGUGCUUUGAAGUACUGGAAAAGAGCUAUGGAAAUGAGAUACAGUGAUAGGACUAACAUCCUCAGCAAACCUGUGCCACAAACACUAAUUAUGGCUUAUGAUUAUGCUAAAGAGGUAAACAGCUCAGAAGAGCUAGAAAAUCUUAUUGCAGACCCAGAUGAAAUGAGAAUGCAGGCAUUAUUAAUUAGAGAACGUAUUCUUGGCCCUUCACACCCAGACACAUCCUACUAUAUUAGAUACAGAGGUGCUGUGUAUGCAGACUCUGGAAACUUCAAGCGUUGCAUCAAUUUAUGGAAGUAUGCUUUGGACAUGCAGCAGAGCAAUCUUGAUCCUCUAAGCCCUAUGACAGCCAGCAGUUUGCUGUCAUUUGCUGAACUUUUCUCUUUCAUGCUUCAGGAUAGGGCAAAAGGCCUGCUAGGCACUACUGUCACUUUUGAUGAUCUGAUGGGUAUACUGUGCAAAAGCGUUCUUGAAAUAGAACGGGCCAUGAAACAAAGCCAAUGUCUUCCUGAUCCAGUACAGCUGAACAAAGCUCUUUCCAUCAUUUUGCAUUUAAUUUGCUUGUUGGAGAAAGUACCUUGCAGCUCAGAACAGGAACAUUUUAAGAAACAAACUAUUUACAAGUUUCUUAAGCUUCAGCCUAGAGGAAAGAAUAACUUCAGUCCACUUCACCUUGCUGUUGACAAUAAUACUACAUGUGUCGGUCGCUACCCAGUUUGUAAAUUCCCCUCUCUACAAGUUACUGCUAUCCUGGUGGAAUGUGGUGCUGAUGUAAAUGUCAGAGACUCUGAUAACAACAGUCCAUUACACAUUGCUGCACUGAACAACCAUCCAGACAUCAUGAAUCUUCUUAUCAAGUCAGGUUCACAUUUCGAUGCCACAAACUCAUGUAAACAAACAGCUAGUGAUUUGCUGGAUGAGAAGGAAAUAGCAAAGAAUUUAAUCCAGCCCAUAAAUCAUACUACUUUGCAGUGUCUUGCUGCUCGUGUAAUAGUGAAUCAUAACAUAUCCUAUGCAGGGCAUAUCCCUGAAAAACUAGAGAACUUUGUUUUACUCCAUAGAUGAUAGUGUGGCGUUCCAGAGUACUGUUCUUUAAGCACGACAUGGUGAUAUUUUCCUUGAGCACCGUUGUGAUACACCAGCGUUCCUUUAGCUUGCUCCAUUUUGCUCUCAUUGCCUAGUGUUGUUAGCAUCAGAUUUGCAGAGUUGGUUACCCAGUAUUUAAUAUGAAUAUGCCAUAUAAUAUAUUUUGUGGAUUAUUUAGAAAUGUAAUGCCAUAUUUAGACUUUAAAUUGUCUGCCAAAGGCUUGUCCUUUCUGGUCUUAUUUGCCUGUUGGGUGUUUGGGACUGAGUUAAGUAUUUUCCACUGAUGUCUUUUUACUAUAACUGGUAUGUGGAUUUUAUACAGUUGGAAGGUCAUCUUUUUUUGGUUUUGCUUGAGUGUUUCUACUCCUACUCUCUUCUUUUUCUAUGGACUCAUUGCUAAACUGUGCAAGUUGUAUGGACUUGUUAACAUUUGCAACUACCAUAAGUGCUUUUAUCUUCUCUAUGCACUGGCUUAAACAUGACUGUUGUGUGUGAGCAUAUUUCUAUGCAUCACUUGGCCAAUUUCAACUUAAAUGCCAAUCUUGUUUUGCAGUUUGUUUAAAGCUCUCUUGAGAAUGCUGUCUUCAUAGCAUGAUGAAUUUUGGAGUUAUUUAUCAGCUCUCCAAACUUGGGUUUGACUUUUUUGACUGCUUUAACUGAGGUUGCUUUCCUUUUGAUCCUCUGGAAUUUUUUCCUAAACUGGGGAGAAGAAAAUCUUGCUUUUUCUGAUUGUAGUCCACUUGAACUUUAAAUCUGAAAAUUGUUCUGUUGCAUCGUGCAGCUGGGGGAAGAGUCCUCAUGGUGUACAACUGAUGCCUUCCCCUCUGCACUGUCUUGCUUGUGCCAGUUAUGUGACUAGAUGUGAAGUUUGCUCAAAGUUUAACCUCAAACCUUAAUGAUACACUUCUUUGAGAAAUAGAUCAAAUAUAUGCUCUGCUUUAAAAUCUGCAAAUCAGCUUUAGCUUACAAAAGAAAACUAAAGCAUGUUGAUGGCAUGAUGUUUAUCAGUCCAGAUGUAGACAUCAUAUAGUGUAGUAAGUGGCUGUCUGCCAGGGUAUUGAAAGUUCUAUAGCAGUGUCCUUUUUUUUUUUCUUCAUUUUAAGUAUCUUUAUAAAUACUUGCAUGGAUUUUUCAUCUCUGCUAUGUCAGUUGUACUUAACAAAAGCAUAAGUUCUGUUGUGUAUAUAGCUCCUAUUAAAGUACCUAUUUUUUAUAAUAUUUGCACAACAGCUUAGCUUUUGCAACAGAAAGGGCUCUUUUGACUUGAUAAGAAGUCUAUAAAUGAAGAUCAUAAAUGUGAGUGCGAUUCAGGUAAUUAAUAUAAUUCAGCACUUUACUGUUGAUUAAUAGUAGGAUUUAUUAUGGCACAUUAGCCCUAAAAUGUCUUAAAGUGAAAUUAAUUUCUGUUGGAUAGGAUACAGUUUACUUGCAAAUUUAGUCAUCUAGCAUUUUGGGUAUUUUUGGCUUAAUGUUUCAUCUUAGUUGUGGGCAGUAAGUGUACCUAUGGGGUUCUUGCUCCAGAAAUCUAACUGGUUUUAUGCCUUUGUCAGAGAUAAGAGAUGUUUAGAAUCCAAAUUAGUUAGGUUAGGAAGGUCUUUGUAAUACUUUAAUUUUUAAGUUGAUGUUAGAAUACUUUUGUUAUUUGUGGUUGAACUUGAGGAAGAACAUGUCUUGGGAGCACAUAAGAACAGCCCUUCCUUGUUCUUGUUCUGUUUUGGCAUUCCUGCCAGUGUAUGGCAGUGUACAGGUGCCUACUAGCUUAGCCAUUUUUGCAAAAACUAUGGGGAUGUUUUUAAGCAAAGAUAUGUUGAAAGCAGUGCUGUUUGUGUGUUGUCACUACCAGACUUGCUGUUUUGAAGCAAUUUUCUCUGGUUUGUCCCUUGCCGUGUCUAUGUUGUAUACUAUUACAAGAAUCAUAGAAUCAUUUAGGUUGGAAGAGAUCCUUAAGAUCAUUGAGUCCAACCCUUAACCGAGCACUGCCAAGUCCAGCACUAAACCAUGUCCUUAAGUGCCACAUCUACACGUGUUUCAAAUACCUCCAGCCAUGGUGACUCAACUGCUUCCUUUGGGCAGCCUGUUACAUUGGUUAACCACUCUUUCCACUAAGGAGUUUUUCCUAGUAUCCAAUCUGUAUCUCCCCUAAUUCAGCCUGAGGCCAUUUCUCCUUGUAUUGCUUGUUACUUGGGAGAAGAGGCCAACCCCUGCCUUGUGAAGUAAUUGUAGAGAGUUGUAAGUUCUCCACUGAACCUCCUUCUCUCCAGGCUGAACAACCCCAGCUCCAUUGGCUACUCCUCAUCGGACUUGUGAUCCAAACCCUUCCCCAGCUCCACUGCCCUUCCCUGGACAUGCUCUGGCACCUUGGUAUCUUUGAUGUAAUGAGGGACCCAAAACUGAACACAGCACUUGAGGCAUGGCUUCACUGUACAGGGGACAAUCACUGCCCUGAUCCUGCUGGCCACGCUGUUGCUGAUGCAGGCCAGAUGCAGGUUUUUCUGGCAUCACACAAGACUAAAGUCUGGUCAGUUGACUGAAUUGCUGUGAUUUGCAGUGCUUAGGACACGUGCCACUCAGCUUUUUAUUUGUGAGGACGUGUAGUUUGAUUUUCGAAUUUAUACAUUUUAAUGCUUUUCUGCUGCUCUUUAGAUGGGGAUAAUCAGCAAAUGAUACCAUACUAGAAUUAUACAUCAAGUCACAAAAUUAAUUAUUUUUGUAUAGGUCUCAGAGAAAAGGUUUUUUAGAGUUUUUUACUUUGGAAUCUGUCCUGCUCUUUGGUGGUUUUAGUUUUAAUUCCUGUCUUUAUAACUGACAAUUAGUCUGUUUAAGAUUCGUUGGUUGGUUGUUCAGCCUGAGGAAGAGAAGGCUGCAGGGAGACCUUGUAUAGGACCUUCCAGUACCUAAAGGAGGCUACAAAAGAGCUGGAGAGAGACUUUUUACAAAGUCAUGGGGUGGAAGGACAAGGGAGAAUGGCUUUAAAAGGAGAAGGGUGAGAUUUAGCUUUGAUAUAAGGAAGAAAUUGUUUACUCUGAACAUGGUGAGGCACUGGCAAAGGUUGUCCAGAGGAGUUGUGGA